AUGCCACCCACAGGGUCGCUGUUCUGGCCCAUCUUCCAAAAAGUCCCCAUCAAACCGACUUCUCGCGGCCCACCGUACUUCAACGGACUCGAGGCAUGGCGUCGUAGCAUGGUCAGCUACCUUGACCAGCAUUUCAGGAAUCUUGCGCCAGGACAUUCAGGCGCCAUUCACCUCGAGGCGUUAAAGACGACCCUCGAAGAGUGCGGUAGGCUCGUCCAGAACGGGACAAUCACCUGGACGACACAUCUCCGCUUGCAGCCCACCGCAGAGCAGCUCUGGGACAUGGUCGUGCACAAUCGGAUCUACGCAUUCGACACGGCGCACCAACACUGGUACCCCGACCCUCGGCUGUCCGACUACACUGUCGCAGGAAACCUCCUGCCUCGUUUCCCGGGCCAGCACUCGCUCCUCAAGCCCGAGAUCGGUCGCCGCGUCGCGAGGAUGCACGGGACGACCAAGGCGAGGUGGGAAAGGGAUGCGGCGGCGUUCUGA